CCCAUCCAUUCACCCUCCUCCGCUUCAACCGACACCAAAGACAAUCGAUCCCUCGUCCGUCGGCCAAACCCUUUCUCUUGUGACGAAUCUGCCGAUCGACUUUCUUGCUCCGUUUUACACGCUCUUUCGACUGGCGGCAGAUUUUGGCCGCUCCCUUCGACGGUCAACGCAACUGUCAAACUCGACGGAUAUCCAUCCCUGCUAUUGCUGUUGCGAGUGAAAAGGAAAACAAAAACAAACAAAAAAGUUAAAGGAUACGGGUCUCUGGGGGAAUCGUCGACACCACCUCGACACAACCGUCGACACCAUCCUUCUUUGUCAGGAAGCAGCACAAGACUAUCACUCGGCAAUUUUCCCACGCGCCAAACUUCACCGACAGUUCGCCGAACAACAAUUCCUGGGACAACGCCAUUGCAGACAAUGAAUAUCACCCCGACGCUACCAGACUCCCCAUUAUAGUCUGUUCACCAUGGGCGUCAGGAUCGCCAUUCGAGAACAGCUGGCCUUCCUCGUGGUCUUUGCUGUUCUCGUUGGUCUGAUGAUCCUGUCCGUCCCCGUCUGGAUCUACGUCAACCAGUUUGUCACUCAGGUCGAAGGACGCGAACUCGCCCUCACUGCAUCGCUCAAGGCAUCGCGUAUAUCUGCCGAGCUUGAGCUCGUCCAGACCAGCAUCGUUACCAUAUCCUCCCGAAUUCUAAUUCAGGACUCUUUGCUCAACUUCUACGAUGGAAACGAAACCGAUGAGAAUUGGGUUCAGGCCAAGAGUGAUCUCAACAGUGCCUUGAGUGUAGGCGCUCUCACGGGACUGCUACAAGGGAGAGUUUACUCGAGAAAUACCACUGGCAACGUUCACGGUUUGCUUAACGUCACCGGAGAAAGAAUCCCCGAAAUUCCAUUACCGUACAAUGGCCCCAGUGGACAGCAGGCCUUUCUAUCUGACACGCCCGAGGGCUACCCGCCCGCCCUCUACCCAAACAUCACCUACGAGGACCUUGGACGCCCGAACCAGUACAGGAACAAUACCAGGGCUUUCGCUGCCAAUGCUUUCGAAGGAGUUCGUAUCACGACCAAUGGCGGCUUGUUGCUCGGUCCUAUGAUAAUCAACGAGACGACCGCCCUCAUGUCGAUCACUGUUCCGAUCCGGUACAACGACCAGCAAGAGUUCAUCCUCGGAUACAUGACACUCGUCACCACGGCAAACUCUUUGAUCAGUAUUCGCAACUCUCGCGAAGGCUUGGGGGACACGGGGAUAGUGUUGCUCGUCGGGCCCACGCAGCAAUCCAACAGGUUUACCGCCGAAAAUGCCGCCAGCAAUGCCACGUAUCUGCCAAACAGGGACACGGCAGCCGAUGUGCCAGUGAAAUUCGUCCUCCCGCCUAACCCCCUGCCCGGUCAGCGCGACCGACACAGUGAGCGAAGCUUGGCGAGCAGUAACGCCGACGAGCCCUUUCCUAUGAAAGCUUACCCGGCGGUUUUCGACUCCUUCACCAAAAGAUUCCUUACACCCAACAACUCAAGCUCCAAGCUUGCAACAAGUAACGAACAGGGUCUUGCAGUCGCCGUGGGCUUCGCUAGAACCAACACCGCCCUCGUUAACUGGACUGUCGUGGUAGAACAAGCCAAAUCAGAGGCCGACGCGCCCAUCGACACGCUUCGUAACAUCAUCCUGGGAUGUGUGUUCGGCACUGCCGGUCUCGUCAUCCUACUCAUUUUCCCCUGUGCGCAUCUCAGUGUGAUGCCGAUCAGGAGACUCAAGACGGCGACGGAGAAGUCUGUUCAGCCCCCAGGCUACGAGGACGGGUACUACUCUGAAUAUGACGAAGGCGACGAGAUUCCCGGUUCGGGCGGAAUAUCAGCGCGGUCGCAACGGUCAAGGAAGGACGGCUUCAUUGCCGCCGUAUACAAGUUGGUCGGUUACAAGCCCAAGGAGAAGACAGCUUCCGAACACGACCGCGAUUCGACCCGUCGCAUCUUCAAGAUUCCUGGCAAGGUUGUGGAUCGGAAGCAUUUCAUUUCUGACGAACUCACCGAACUGACGGAAACAUUCAAUGCUAUGAGCGACGAACUGGUCAAGCAAUACACCUCACUGGACCAGAAAGUCUUGGAACGGACCAAAGAGCUCGAAAUCAGCAAGAAGGCAGCCGAAGCCGCCAACGAAAGCAAGACCCUCUUCAUUGCGAAUAUCUCUCACGAACUCAAGACGCCACUGAAUGGUAUCCUUGGAAUGUGCGCGGUUUGUAUGGAAGAAAACGACAUCCUGAGAAUAAAACAGUCCCUCAAAACCCUUUAUAAAUCGGGUGACUUGUUACUUCAUCUGCUUGAAGAUCUCCUUAGCUUUUCCAAGAACCAAAUCGGCCAACAACUCAAUCUGGAAGAGAAGGAGUUUCGCCUGGCCGACAUCAAGUCGCAGAUCCUUACCAUCUUUGACAAGCAGGUUAGAGAAGGCCGGAUCACCUUGACUGUCAACUUUCUCGGCUCCGAGACCAUUGAACUCAGCAGCAGCCCAGAGAGGACAAGCACAGACAAUAGGCUGCCUGCUCUUGGCCCACAGGGUACCGGGAGACUGAAGGAUAUGUGUCUCUGGGGCGACCAGCAUCGCAUUCUCCAAGUCAUCAUCAACCUGGUGAGCAACAGUGUCAAGUUCACGCCGGCAGGUGGCAGGGUAGACGUUCGCAUCAAGUGUAUCGGUGAGGUGGAGACUGUAUCGGCAAACGAGGGCAGCCGCUCCUCGUCGUUUUCCAAGGAGUCCAGACGUCACGGCAGGUCCCGGCACCGGCUCGGAUCCAACAGUUCAACCCAGUCAGUGAGCUCCAGGGGAGGCUCAACUUCCGAGCCCGUGAAGGGUACUGCACUGGUCAUCAACCCGAUGGAGCCUAAGUCGACUCCGCACAUCCGCGUCCGGGAACGGUCUCCCACGCCGCCACCUCCUGGAGCAAAGGCUUAUGUCUUCGAGUUCGAAGUUGAAGAUACCGGCCCGGGUAUUGAGGAGCACAUGCAGCAGAAGGUCUUUGAACCCUUUGUGCAAGGUGACCUUGGAUUGAGCAAGAAGUUCGGUGGAACGGGUCUGGGCCUGAGCAUCUGUCAUCAGCUCGCAACCCUUAUGGGAGGCUCAAUAUCCCUAAAGAGCACCGUCGGGGUCGGUACGACAUUCAAUAUGCAGAUCCCCUUGAAAUACGUCAAGGACAAGGCCUCUAGCACCGCCUCCAGCAGCAUCAAGUCUCGACCGCCAAGCGUCGAUACCAUUGAGGCAAUUGAAAGCCAACAUAACCCGAAACGUAAUUCCGGAGGAACACCCUCUAAACCGUCCAUCAAACCCGCAAGCGAGACCAACGCAAAGACUAUACUGGAUCAACAACCGAGGCUGGUCGGCCUCAGCCAACCCUUUUUCGCGUCCAAUCCGGCACGGAAGGCAAAACGGAGCACGAGGGAACAGAUGGCAGCCAUCGACCAGGCGAUGGCUACCAAGGACAACAAGGAGAUGAAGCUACGAGUGCUCGUUGCUGACGACAACUCGACAAACAUUGAAGUUGUCAGCAAGAUGCUGAAACUCGAGGACGUCUACGACGUCACCAUAGCCAAGGACGGUCAGGAAGCGUACGACCUCGUCAAGGCAAACAUGGACGACAACAAGGGUUUCGAUGUCAUCUUCAUGGACAUCCAGAUGCCGAACCUCGAUGGCCUGCAGUCGACAAAACUCAUCCGCAAGAUGGGUUACACGGCCCCCAUCGUAGCGUUGACAGCGUUCUCGGAAGAGAGCAACGUGAAGGAGUGUAUGGAGAGUGGUAUGGACGAGUUCCUCAGCAAGCCCAUCAGACGCCCUGCGCUCAAGCAAGUUCUUAAGAAAUUCGCCACGAUCCCAGAAGAGCCGGAAACGACGAGUUUAACCAGAAAGACGACACCAGAGCGAGCCACUCCUGAGAAACCAACACACGCCAAUGGCACUACAGCUCCGGAUUUGAACGAGAAGGGAGAUGCUAUUCACCCGACCGGAAACGGGAACGCAACCGCACCGGCAUCCGAGAAAAUCCUAUCAGAGAAGGGGUUCUGAUUGUCAUUUUGACGACUUGUCAGAAGCAAGCACGACACUGUCGUCAUUUGUGAUUCGCUACUCCUUUGUUGGCAUAGGAUUUCCCCCUUUCUUUCGUUUGGGAAGCGACAUACAAAAGUCGGCGUAAGGGCGUAUCAACCUUUUGAACAUCUUUUUCUGUUUUAUUCCGGGUUUUUUCUUCUUCUUUACUGUCUACUGUAUUUGUAAUAAGUCUAGCUAGUCUGGUAGCGUGCGUUGAUGUCGGCUUUCUCUCCUAAGAAACGAGCUUUUAGGAUAGGGCAGCAUUUACCUGUUCUUGGGAGCGAAAAAGGGCUGGGCUGGCAUAUCUGCGGCGAAGUGAGCAAUACGGCGGUCAAGACCGAAGUAGACGGAUAGCUCUCUCGUUUUUGCCUGAGGCUGGGCGGCGAGGGGUACGUGGUAUGCACAAAGCAGACCGCCUAUCUCUAACAUGGCAGGCAACGCGGAAUUUUUGUCCUAGAGAUAGAGACGAAAGCAGAAGAUCCGAGUAAACGAAGCAUGAGCGGGGUUGGAUUUUGGGGUUUCUCGUCAUAUCAGGCGGGCGGGUGAAGGCGUUCCGGGCGUACACGAAGAUAUCCGGAGACGCAUAAGAUUUCCCUCUCAGUGCCGAUUAUUCACACGAGAUCAGGACAGGGGAGGACUGCGAAUUUUGAACCCAGGCAUAGGGCAUGGGAUGACACGAGAGACUGGAUUGGUAAGGGACAGCCCUCUUCGUGAUAAGAAAGAGUGAGAGGGGGUUGGGGGGUGAGAGUUUGUGGACAUAUACCUCUAAUGUCGACUACCGAUGGCCCAUCUAUCUUGCUCCAUCCAUCCUCAUCGACUUUCUUCUGGCGUUUUGCUAUCUUUGCCGCGCCAACAUGUGCUUCCCGGCGGCGACUUUGACUCGCCUCGAUGGGUGACAUGCUGAAUGAAUACCUCAUCCUCGGGUCCACUCGAGGAGGACGGUGAAGGGGGAUAAGAAAGGAAUGGACCCGUGUAACUCCUUUCCUCUUGCUCUUUUCUAUUGUGGUUAUUGAGUACACAACUCCCAGGAACGACUUGGGAGAGAGUGACAGGGAGGGUCGCCUACAUUUACCCCUCAGCGCGCACAACGUCUCAGGCCCCCGAACCCCGCUUGUGCCGGGAACCCACAAGACGUCUCCGCAACUUGGCUCUC